GUUAAAUACAUGAGAGGUAAACGUCACUUCGUUGUAAAGUACUGCAAAUCUUUAUAGUAUCUAAAAGGGAAGCAUCAGAGCAUCACAAAUGUUAACUAAUUGCACAAAUAUUAUCUUGUUCAUCAUGGUAACAACUUGCGCAGCUACGCCAAUUCUUUUUCUAAAUCCCGCAACGAUGCUUGCUCAUCCAGCUGUUAUAAUUAAUUCUGAGAUGGAAGAUAAUUUACCUUAUGAAUUACGAAAUAAUUUCUAUAAAAAUCCAAGUAUUGCUGCUGGUCUCGCUAAGGAAUCCUGGUUUAUCGAUAAGGAAAUGCAGGUAAUCGACCGGGAGGCGGACAAAAUCCCAAAGGAAAAGAUUUACAAUGUGCUACAUAAUGCUGGACUCGUUCGCAGAUAAUAUCAAGAUAAUGAAGAAGAAUUGUUAGCGAAUUUGAGUGGGAGCAUUUGUGUGCACUGGUAUAUAUAAAAGUCGUUAUACACGUACCGAUUUAAUCUGACAAUGAGUGUAAAAGUGAAAAGCAAACAUUUAAAAUUAGAAAAUACAUAUUUUAUCUAACAAUCACAAUGAAGUAUUGAGUAUUUCACAAUUUAAUCAGUUUCUAUGUUUAUAAUAAACAUAUAUCUUUGUCAAUUUACGACGUCUUUAAUUGACGUGCAUC